CCAGAGCCCGGCUCGGUCCGGUCCCUCUGUGCCCACCUCACACUCCACCACCUCCUCCUUGUCCCACUCCUCACCUAGGGCGACCUGAACUGCCAUGGGUUAGGGUGGGGGCCGCGAACCGCGCGAAGAACCAGCCCAGUGCACCCGCCGGGGAAGCCUGAACGCCGCGCGCGAGCGCCGGGCAUGGGGAACACGGUGUGAGCCCGCACCCGGGGAGAACGAAGGAGCUUCGAGACGGGCGCGAGGAGAAGGAGGAGGAGGAGAGAAGCGGUGGAUUGGAAGGACCCGAGGGAGGAAGGGAGGGAGAGGAAAGAGGGUGGGGAAGCGAGGGAAAAGUGAAGCUGGGAGGAGAAGGCGAAGGAAGGUGGGGAUUGAUGCUUCUGUUUUUUGUUGCCGCUGUUGCCCUCGCGCUGGGAACCAAGCCGGAGGGAAGGCGGUGGAGAGAUGAUUGCAGAGUUGGUGAGCAGCGCUCUGGGGCUCGCCUUGUAUCUCAACACCCUGAGUGCGGAUUUCUGCUAUGAUGACAGCCGUGCUAUUAAGACCAAUCAGGACCUUCUCCCAGAAACUCCAUGGACGCAUAUUUUCUACAAUGAUUUUUGGGGGACUCUUCUAACUCACAGCGGCAGCCACAAGUCUUACCGGCCACUCUGUACUCUUUCUUUUCGCCUGAACCAUGCCAUCGGAGGGCUGAAUCCUUGGAGCUACCAUCUUGUCAAUGUCAUAUUGCAUGCAGCAGUUACUGGUCUGUUCACAAGCUUCUCCAAGAUACUCCUUGGUGAUGGAUACUGGACCUUCAUGGCUGGCUUGAUGUUCGCCUCUCACCCCAUUCACACGGAGGCGGUGGCUGGAAUUGUGGGAAGGGCUGAUGUCGGAGCUAGCCUCUUCUUUCUUCUCUCCCUGCUCUGCUACAUUAAACAUUGUUCUACAAGAGGCUACUCAUCCAGGACGUGGGGCUGGUUCCUAGGGACGGGACUGUGUGCAGGAUGCAGCAUGUUAUGGAAGGAACAAGGAGUGACUGUUCUCGCAGUUUCAGCAGUUUAUGAUGUCUUUGUCUUUCACAGGCUGAAAAUGAAACAAAUCUUGCCUACCAUUUACAAAAGGAAGAACUUGUCUCUUUUCCUCAGCAUUAGUUUAUUAACUUUCUGGGGGUCUUCCCUUUUGGGGGCCCGUUUAUACUGGAUGGGAAACAAACCACCAAGCUUUUCGAACUCUGACAACCCAGCUGCUGAUUCGGAUAGCUUCCUGGCUAGAACGCUCACCUUCUUCUACUUGCCAACCAAGAACCUUUGGCUGUUGCUAUGCCCAGAUACCCUCAGUUUUGAUUGGUCAAUGGAUGCUGUGCCUCUGCUCAAAACAGUUUGUGACUGGAGAAACCUACACACUGUGGCCUUCUAUACUGGACUCCUCCUCCUUGCCUACUAUGGUUUGAAGAGCCCUACAAUAGAGAGAGAAUGCAGUGGGAAAGUUGUAACAAAUGGCAAGCAGAAUGCAAAUGGACAUAGCUGCCAUUCAGACAUGGAGUACCGGAACUCAGAGAUUAAGCCCAGCUUUGCAUCCAAAGUAGAAAAUGGCAUAAAAAUUAAUGUACCAGAGAGAACACAACUUCCUUCUACUGAGAACAUUGUUGUUCUGUCUUUAUCUUUGUUAAUAAUACCUUUUGUUCCUGCCACAAAUUUGUUUUUCUAUGUCGGCUUUGUAAUUGCAGAGCGAGUGUUGUAUAUUCCUAGUAUGGGCUUCUGCCUUCUGAUUACAGUGGGUGCCAGAGCCCUUUAUGUCAAAGUCCAAAAGCGGUUUCUCAAGAGCUUGAUUUUUUAUGCUACAGCUACAUUAAUUGUUUUCUAUGGACUCAAGACUGCGAUCAGGAAUGGAGACUGGCAAAAUGAGGAAAUGCUGUAUAGAUCAGGGAUAAAAGUAAAUCCAGCAAAAGCAUGGGGUAACCUUGGAAAUGUUCUGAAGAGUCAGAGUAAAAUUUCUGAAGCUGAGAGCGCCUAUAGAAAUGCUUUGUACUACCGCAGCAACAUGGCUGACAUGCUUUAUAAUUUGGGGUUACUUCUCCAGGAGAACAGCAGGUUUGCAGAAGCACUGCAUUAUUAUAAAUUGGCUAUUGGAAGCAGGCCUACACUGGCUUCUGCAUAUUUAAACACCGGUAUUAUUCUAAUGAACCAAGGAAAGACAGAAGAAGCCCGACGUACAUUCCUGAAGUGUUCAGAAAUCCCCGAUGAAAACCUAAAGGAUCCUCAUGCCCACAAGAGCUCUGUUACCAGCUGUCUGUAUAACCUGGGGAAACUCUAUCAUGAGCAGGGACACUACGAGGAUGCCCUUACUGUUUAUAAGGAAGCAAUUCAGAAGAUGCCAAGACAGUUUGCCCCACAGAGCUUGUACAACAUGAUGGGUGAAGCUUAUAUGCGAUUAAGCAAACUCCCCGAAGCAGAACAUUGGUACAUGGAAUCAUUGAAAUCCAAAACUGAUCACAUCCCUGCUCAUCUCACCUACGGGAAACUACUAGCACUUACAGGUCGUAAGAGUGAGGCUGAAAAGUUCUUCUUGAAGGCUAUUGAGCUGGAUCCCACCAAAGGAAACUGUUACAUGCAUUAUGGUCAGUUUCUUCUGGAAGAAGCUCGUCUCCUAGAAGCAGCUGAGAUGGCAAAAAAGGCAGCUGAGUUAGACAGCACGGAGUUUGAUGUCGUUUUCAAUGCUGCGCAUAUGCUCAGACAGGCUAGCCUCAAUGAGGCAGCAGAGAAGUAUUAUGACUUGGCAGCCAAGCUGAGGCCUAAUUAUCCAGCUGCCCUGAUGAACCUGGGAGCCAUUCUGCACCUCAACGGCAGACUCCAGAAGGCUGAGGCCAACUACCUGCGGGCACUGCAGCUCAAGCCAGAUGAUGUCAUCACGCAGUCCAAUCUGCGCAAACUGUGGAACAUCAUGGAAAAACAAGGCCUGAAGACUUCCAAGACCUGACACAGGAGGACCGUGCCUUGGCCUCCAUGUUUAAAAGCUGGCUUCAUUAACUAACAGAACUUCCCAGCGGUGCUAUGACAAGAGCUGGUUUUAGACUUCAAGACCAGAGGGCCGAGGUCACUGAGGGCACUACCACUUCUGGGAGAAUCUACUUUGUUGUCGGCACAGCUGUUAACACCAAAAAGGGAAACAUUGAAAACUCCUGAUAUUUGUAGUUGUUACCCAUAAGACUGCAAACCAGAGCACUUAAGAAAGAAAGACUCUUUUGGCAUUCUUAAAAAGAGGAGAGAGUCUAAAUUACAGACAUUGUUCACUUUUAAAAUCUAAUUUCAAAAUUAUAUAGUUCCUUAAGCACUGUGAGAGGAAAUCAGUGUCCAUUCAAUCACGGUAAACUGUUAAGGUCAAGUGUUAACAGGGAGUGAUUGAAAGGUAGUAUGAACCCCAGUGAGCUGGCUGGUUGUCCUAACACUGCUGUCUUUCCACUUUGGGAUAGCCUACUUAUCAAUUUCUAAAGCUUAGAAAACAUUUUUCUUUUUAAAAUACUGUGUCAAGAUCUGUCAGAAUCUGUAGUUGUUUCCUGACUAGUGCAUAUAAUGUUUUGUUAUUUGGAUGUCACAGAUUUCAUAUCAUUUGAUGUUCAUGUUCUAAAAAGAGUAUGAAAAGCAGGCUAACCAGACUUCACAAUGGUUUUAUAAGAGGGAUUGGACAGGCAUUUUUAUUCUAUCGUCACGGUUCCCCCAGCCGCCUGCCAGAAUUCACUGUAUUA